UAAUGGCCGACUGGGAGCCCAACGUGAUGUAAAGAUCUUGCCUCCGUUGACGAAAAAAAUGGCCAAAAACUAACUCCCGUUAACCAAAAAUCAUUAUAAGAAAAAUCCAGGUUAAAGAUAAACAUUUAGGAAGAAGAAAAUGCAAUUCUGAUCACGAAUUAAAGCGAAUGGAAUUGAAACCUACGUAGAUUUUGGAAGGCGAUGUAGUGGAGAACUCCGACGUACAUUUCUCGAUUUGGACAAUUCAUUCUACUUUGGCUGGCAUAUUUGACUAUUAAAACAUGGCUGAUAAGGUGCAACAACAGCAACCAGACCCUACUGAGUGUACCAUUAAGGUAUUUAGUCGUUUUCGACCUCAGUCAGAAGCUGAAACAAGAGCCGGGGGAGAAAUGAUCGUGAAGUUCCCGACUCCAGAGACUGUAAUACAUGCGGGUCGUACGUAUACAUUUGAUCGAGUGUUCAAGCCCACAUCCACUCAAGAAAAAGUUUAUGGAGAAGCGGCCCAAGAAAUUGUUCGAGAUGUACUUAAUGGAUACAAUGGUACCAUUUUUGCUUAUGGUCAGACGUCAAGUGGAAAAACACAUACUAUGGAGGGUGUUAUUGGUGACCAAAGAAAUCAGGGUAUAAUACCCAGAAUUGUACAAGAUAUAUUUAACCACAUCUACAACAUGGAUGAGAAUCUAGAAUUUCAUAUUAAGGUUUCAUAUUUUGAAAUUUAUUUGGAUAAAAUCAGAGAUCUAUUGGAUGUUACCAAGACAAACCUGGCUGUUCAUGAAGAUAAAAACAGAGUUCCAUUUGUCAAGGGUGCAACAGAGCGAUUUGUUUCCAGUCCAGAGGAAGUGAUGGAAAUCAUUGAUGAGGGCAAAGCUAAUAGACAUGUCGCUGUAACAAAUAUGAAUGAACACAGCUCAAGGAGUCAUAGCAUAUUCCUCUUACACAUAAAACAAGAGAAUGUGGAAACCAAUAAAAAAUUAAGUGGAAAGCUAUAUUUAGUUGAUCUUGCUGGCUCUGAAAAGGUCAGCAAGACACAUGCAGAAGGCUCAGUUUUAGAUGAAGCCAAAAACAUCAAUAAAUCAUUGUCAGCACUUGGAAAUGUUAUAUCAGCCCUGGCUGAGGGGACAAAAUCUCACGUUCCAUACAGAGARAGUAAAAUGACAAGAAURUUGCAGGAAAGUUUAGGUGGAAAUGCCAGAACUACUAUCAUUAUUUGUUGUUCUCCUUCAUCAUUCAAUGAUGCAGAGACAAGAUCAACUUUGAUGUUUGGCCAAAGAGCCAAAACAAUUAAGAAUGUUGUUGUAAUCAAUGAAGAAUUAACAGCUGAAGAAUGGAAAAGAAGAUAUGAGAAAGAAAAAGAAAAGAAUGCUAAACUUCGUGCAACGUUACAGAAAUAUGACCAGGAAUUGAAUAGAUGGAGAGGAGGUGAAAGUGUCCCUAUAGAUGAACAAGCAAGUAAAACAGCUGACAAUAGAAAAAGUGACCUGUUUGACAUGCAACAGUUGGCUGUACCAGAAGGUGGUGGUGGACCAAGUAUGACAAAUGCAGAGAAAAAGAAAUUUGAAAAAGACAUGUCUAAACUUUAUCUUCAACUUGAUGAAAGGGAUGAUGAAAUCCAGUCACAAUCUCAAACAAUCAACCAGCUGAAAGAACAAAUUGUAGAACAAGAAGAGUCUCUUAAAGCUUCUCGUGCAGACAAUGAAAAGAUUCAAUCUCAGAUGAAUUUGUUCCAAAAAGAGAGUGAUACUUCUAAAACAGAGGUGAAAGAAGUUUUGCAAGCUCUUGAGGAAUUGGCUGUGAACUAUGAUCAAAAGCUUCAAGAAGUUGAAACUAAAAACAAGGAGAAUGAAAAGCUGAACGAUGAACUGUCUACAAAACAGGCUACAUUAACCAAGGCAACRAAAGAACUCGAAGAAACUAGAGAGACGUCGUCAAUACUGAGAAAGCGUUUGGCUGAGAUGAUGAACAACCUGAUGACUGACUUGGGUGAAGUUGGUACAGCAGCAGGGGGCAACGUGUCGGAGCUCACUAAGCCUAAUAUUAGCUGUAGUGGGAAACUAGAUGAUGACUUUACUGUGGCUAGGAUAUAUGUCAGCAAGAUCAAGUCUGAAAUCAAAUCUCUUUCAAGUAGGUACAACUCUAUGGAAUCUACGGAGAAAGAAUCUAAAUCCCAGUUAGAGAAUAUGGAAAGCACUGUGCAGAAAUACCAGCUUGUCAUCUCACAGCAUGAAGCAAAGAUGCAGUCAAUGGGAAUUUCACUGAAGGAAAUGGAAUCCAAGAAACGUAUUUUAGAAGAAGCUGUAGAUUCCCUUAACGAGGACAUGGCUAAACUAAAGGCAGAAGCUCAAAUGAAUGCUCUGGCAUUGCAAGAUAAAGAACAAGAACAUGAGGGAAUGCUUCAAGAUGCUACAAGAAUGGCUGCGGCACUUGAAAAACAAAUGGAAACACAUCGCGAUGCUCACCAGAAACAGAUAGCAAACCUGAGAGAUGAGAUUGACUCACAGCAAACCCAGAUCAACCAACUCAAGGAGCUUAAUCAGAAGAAGGACUUGCAGUCUGACCAAUUACGAAAUGAGUGCGAUAAACUGAAGAAGGAAUUAUCUGUUAAAUCUGAACGAAUCAGCGAUCUUAACGUUCAAGCUGAAAAGAGAGAACAAGCCAAAAAGGACUUGCAAGGACUCGAGGAGACAGUGGCCAAAGAACUUGCCACGCUUUACAAGCUUAGACAGCUUUUCGUCAGGGAUCUUCAGGCUCGUUUAAAAGUGAACGUUGCCGAUAGUGACGGAGAAGAUGACGGUGGUAGCCAAGCACAAAGACAAAAGAUUUCUUUUUUAGAGAACAACUUAGAUCAGCUUACAAAGGUCCAUAAGCAGCUUGUCCGUGACAAUGCUGAUCUAAGGUGUGAAUUACCAAAGCUUGAAAAGCGACUGCGUGCCACGCAGGAGAGGGUCAAGGCAUUGGAACAUACACUGAAAGAAGCCAAGCAGGGUGCACAAAGGGACCGCGCUCGUUACCAGAAGGAAGUAGAGCGUUUCAAAGAAUCAAUGAGACAGCGGACAGCUGCAGCUAAAAAGAGCGGCCAAGCACAUAUAGCCAAACCAAUUCGUCCAGGACAACAUGCUAGUUCCCAAAACGUUUCUAUAAGAGGAGGGGGAAAUCCUGUAAUUAGUGGCGCACUGUUAAGUGUUGGUCGUAUGGCUACCUUGGGUUCRAAUGUCCCCAGRAAUCCUAGUUCACCUAGUGCACCAUCCAGCUCUCCUAAUGGAGCUACUGUAGGGAUUGUUACACCCGUAAUACGAGGAAAAAGUGGCGAUCCCGUGGUGUCGUACAGUAAGCGUAUACGAAACGCUGUCAGUACAGAAUCACUUAAUAGACACCUGCAAGGGGGAUCACCUGUUAACGGUCCGUCUAUGGACGAAAGGCGCCGCAGCCAUUCCUCACAUCACACGUUUAGCGGAAACAACGAAAUGAUACGGACAUCUGCAAGUGUGGAUAGACUUAACAUGGUUGGAGACCGUGGAUCGUCCAGAAAAUCAAUGCCUGAUAGUAUCCCUGUUAAAAUAUCAGGUAGAGAAGGAGAUAUCACAGCGUUUAAGAAAGUAGGACGAAGAUCGACCUCGUCACAGAGUAUAAACAAUGACUGAACAAUGAUCAUCAAGGCGAAUAUGACGAGAUUCUUGUCCUCCCUUCUUAUUUAAUAAACCAUAAACGCAAACAGAUCAAAUCAUUAAAUGCAGACGGAUAAAACCUCAUGCUAGMAUGAAAGGACUGACSAACAACAAGAGCACUUGGGAGGGAGUGUGUUUUCAUCUCUCACACAGUCGUUCURUUGUACUUGUUGAUCGUAAUGUGAACACUCAUACGUGAAUGAACGGUGAUUGUAAAUCUCAGACGAUUUAUACUCUUGCUUUUCAAGAUGUAGGUCCAUGGGAGAUGAGAAAGCCGGUGACUUGAGCGAUGUCAAUCACAUGGUUGCCAAGAUGACAUCUCCAGCUUUGACUGUAGUUUCUUUUCUUCACUUUCUGCUUGUGUUUGCUACUUUUUUCUCAGUGAAGUGAAUUUUAAAUUUUGCCAGUUUUGUGUCUUUUUCUUUUCUUUAUUUACUAAAAUGGACUUUCUUGGAAUACUUUUGUUAUUUUUGCUUUGGUAAUGCUUCUGUUGGUUUCUAUUGCUUUGAACAGUUUUCUGGUAUUAUUUUUUAAGUGGAUUUAGAGAUAAUUCAGGAUCGUCGUUAGUUCGUGGAUUUUUUUUAAAUAUUUGUCAGUGUUUGCGUUUAUUUUAGACUCCUUUACAACAUCGAUUAUAGCGUGGUGUACCCUUGACCACUCGGUAUUUUCAAGCGAUUGCUAAAUCUCAUUUCGCGCUUUUGCGAAAGUUUGUGGUUCACCUGCUUUCUUGAAAGGAGUAAUUAAUUUAGAAUAGUAUAUAGAAGGUAUAAAAAUAGGAAAAUAUUUAUGUUAUAGCAAAUGAUUCUAAAUGAGAGCUAAUAUCUUGUCAUAGCAAAGAUUUAAAUGUAUAUAAUAAGCAUGACUGGGAUGUGGAUCAUUUUGCAUGUACUGUAGUAGAAUCUUGAUGUUCUGAACAACUUCUGAGUUGUCGCCUGUUGAUGAUGGGGUCGUUAAUGAUUGGUUCCUUGGUGUUGCAAAAAGUCGAUAUGACGUCAUUCAAGGGCUAUGUUGCCGRAGCAACUGAGGGACAAGAUUGUARAUUUCUCGAUGGGGCUGUUMCAGCCGGUUGUACUUCAAAUGGUCAAUGAAUCGUACGUUCAUUUGGUUAGUCUGCCAUUCCCUUGAUUUCUGUCUUUGCAUUACUCGAGUUUUAAAAGGAGCGAUUCCUAUUCUUCGAGAUKAACAUUUCAGGGUUUUUUAUUCUUGCCUUUGGUUUUGAUAAGUAGUAGUACGCUAUGGUUUGGAGGUUUGGUCGUUGUAUAAAUGUGCUGAAUUCUCAGCUAUUCUUGAUACUUAUCAUUUCAUAGCAGUCAAAAGUUCUAUUUUUAAAGUUAAUGCUAAAUUUGCACAAAUUCAAUCAAUAAGGAACAAAGUUUGGUGCUUUUUCUUUAUCAAAUUAAAGUUUGCUAAGGACGACAUUCUUGAGUGAAGCUACCAAGUAUGUUUAGAUAUAAUGAUGUAAAUGUAAGUUUUAGCUUUUCUAAUUCAAUACAAUUUAUUAUAGUGCAAAGGAUUGCAUGCAUGGUAUUGUUAGUUGUAAAAUUAUGACAGAUGGGCCUCAUUAAAACCACAGUUAUUUAAAAGUAA